UUUGAAAACAGCAUGCUCAACCGUAGGUUCUGUUUGGUAUUUGAUGAUACCCAUGACCUUAUUAUAAUGCAUGGUCCAAAGGGUACCGAGUCCCCACCACUUUUAAUCCAUUCUUUGAUGUUAAUUAAUCAACAGUUAAACCUUAGGUUACCUUAAUUACAAGAAAUCAACUCAUCUGCUCCCAGUUGACCAAGAUUAGUUGGUCCCAAAUCCCAUCCUGGUCUGAUGCUGACUUGGCAAUGAUCCAAUGGGUACCGUCUCCAUACUGGUCCUUGUUUAGCAUUGGAGUUAGCAACCAAAUCAACCAUUUUCUUCUAGUUAUCACCAACACCAAUAACUGCCAAAGUUUUAUAAGAACAAGGCUUGGUGUUUUCCUUCCAUCAGAGAGAGAGAGAGAGAGAGAGCUCCAAAGAAGCUAUCCUAUGAAAGAAAGAAAGGAAAUUCAAACGCUAACUGUUGUUGCACAAAUUUUUUUUUUGUUGAGCUUAUGCCCUGCAUCACCUUCCCUCUCUCUCUUUCCCUGGUGCUUGAAGAAGGAAAAAAAAAGGGUAAACAACCAUAUUACUUAAAGCUCUUUUCUUUCUGUUUUCUUUGUUGAUUUUUGAGUUAAAGGGUAGACAUUUCUAUGUCAAUAGAAGUUAAUAUAUUUAUUUGAAAAAGUGGAGAAAAACUACCAUAUGGUAUAUACUGAAUAGAAAAUGCGUAGUCUUAAGCUAAAAGAAAGAUUCAAAAGCAGUCAAGUUCAUGCCUUGAAUCCACCAGAUAGUACUGCUGUAAACACUACUGGCUCUUCUUCCACAGCCAUUAAGCUUAGUAAUCAUAGAGUCAAAUUUAUAGGGUCAAAACUCAAAUCCAAUAAGGCCUGCUCUGUCUCGGGAGCUAAAACUCUGAUUCCUUUUCGACUCCCUAGAACUGACCUUCUUGAACCACCCAUAGAAACUCACUUAAAACCCAUUCAGUUGGUAGAAACCUUAGCUGAUCUUUUUCGCCGGUUUGAAACUUGUUUAGAAUCAGAGAAAUCAUUGAUAUGCAUUGAGCAAUACUCGAUUUUGAGUAGCCUUGGUGAUCCUAAGUUACUGAGAAGAUGCCUCUGUGCUGCGAGGCAGCAUGCCUCUGAUGUGCACUCGAAGGUUGUUUUAUCAGCUUGGUUACGGUAUGAGAGGAGGGAAGAUGAGCUUGAUGGUGUAUCGCCAAUUGACUGUAGUAGGUUCAAUCUCGAAUGUCCUAAAGCUACUCUGGUGUACGGGUAUGACCCAAACUCAAUUUAUGACCACUGCAAGUGUUGUCAUGAGUGUACUAAGUCCAAUGAUUCGCAAAUCUCUGAGGUGAACAACUUCUUGACAUUGGAAGAAGAUGGUGAUAUUUCUUUUUGUGUUGGCAAUGAGGAGAUUAAUUGUAUUCGAUUUAAAAUUGCUGCACUGUCAAGCCCAUUUAAGACAAUGCUAUAUGGGAGUUUCAUGGAGUCAAAAAGUUAUAAAAUUGAUUUUUCACAAAAUGGUAUCUCUGUAGAGGGAAUGAGAGCUGUGGAUUUGUACAGUAGGACUAGGAGGGCGGACUUGUUUUCUCCUAAGGUUGUUCUGGAGCUCUUAUCAUUUGCAAAUAGGUUCUUUUGUGAGGAAAUGAAGUCUGCAUGUGAUAUUCAUUUGGCUUCUUUAGUCAGCUGUAUAGAGGAUGCUUUGGUCCUUAUUGAAUAUGGGUUAGAGGAAAGGGCAAAUUUUCUUGUAGCUUCAUGUUUGCAGGUGUUGCUAAGAGAGCUCCCAAGUUCUCUUUAUAACCCCAAAGUGAUGAAAAUAUUUUGUAGCUUUGAGGCAAGGGUGAGAUUGGCGUCAGCAGGGCAUGCUUCGUUCUUUUUGUAUUAUUUCCUAAGCCAGGUGGCUAUGGAAGAGAAUAUGGUGUCAAAUGUAACAAUGAUGUUGUUAGAAAGAUUGAGAGAAUCUGCCACAGGAAAGUGGCAGAAGGCUCUAGCUUUGCAUCAACUGGGUUGUGUGUUGCUUGAGAGGCAAGAGUACAGAAGUGCUCAAUGUUGUUUUGAAGCAGCUACUGAGGCAGGUCAUGUUUAUUCCUUAGCUGGUACGGCAAGAUCCAGGUACAAGCAAGGGCAACGGUAUUCAGCUUAUAAGUUGAUGAGUUCACUUAUCUCUGAGUAUAAAGCAGUUGGGUGGAUGUACCAGGAACGAGCUUUGUAUAAUUUUGGGAUGGAUAAGAUUUCUGAUUUGAACACUGCAACUGAAUUGGAUCCCACCCUGCCAUUCCCAUAUAAAUAUAGAGCAGUCUCAAAGGCAGAGGAGAAGCAAACUAGGGCUGCUAUUUCAGAGAUUGACAGAAUCAUCGGGUUCAAGCUUGCACCAGACUGCCUAGAAUUGCGAGCUUGGUUCUUCAUGGCAAUUGAGGAUUAUGGAAGUGCUUUGAGAGAUAUUAGAGCACUGUUAACUUUGGAGCCAAAUUACAGGAUGUUCGAUGAGCAAGUAAGCGGGGAUACUUUGAUUGAGCUCCUGAACCAUAAGGUUCAGCAGGGAAGUCAGGCUGACUGCUGGAUGCAACUUUAUGAUCGAUGGUCUUGUGUAGAUGAUAUUGGCUCUCUAGCUGUCAUUCACCAGAUGCUGGCUAAAGAUCCUGGAAAAAGCCUUCUUAGAUUUCGGCAAUCUCUGCUUCUUUUGAGGCUAAAUUGUCAAAAAGCUGCCAUGAGAUGUUUGAGAUUAGCUCGUAAUCUUUCUAGUUCUGAGCAUGAAAAGUUAGUUUAUGAAGGAUGGCUUUUGUAUGACACUGGUCAUCGUGAAGAAGCUCUUGCUAGAGCUGAGAAGUCCAUUUUGAUUCAGAGGUCAUUUGAAGCCUUUUUCUUGAAAGCGUACACAUUGGCAGAUUCAAGCCUGGGUGCUGAGCCUUCUUCUUAUGUCAUUCAACUUCUCGAGGAAGCCCUUAGAUGCCCUUCGGAUGGUCUUCGGAAAGGACAAGCACUGAAUAAUUUAGGCGCUAUCUAUGCGGAUUUUGGUAAACUGGAUCAAGCUGCAAACUGCUAUACGAAUGCUCUUGAAAUCAAGCAUACAAGAGCUCAUCAAGGGUUAGCUCGCAUAUAUUUUUUAAGAAAUCAGCGAAAAGCUGCGUAUGAUGAGAUGUCCAAACUGAUAGAGAAGGCACAUAAUAAUGCCUCGGCAUAUGAAAAACGGUCCGAAUAUUGUGAUCGCGAGAUGGCAAAUAAUGAUCUCAACAUGGCAACCAAGCUGGAUCCACUUAGAACAUACCCGUACAGAUACAGGGCAGCUGUGCUAAUGGAUGACCAAAAAGAAACUGAGGCAGUUGAAGAACUUUCAAAAGCCAUAGCUUUCAAGCCUGACCUGCAAAUGCUCCAUCUUCGAGCCGCAUUUUAUGAGUCAAUGGGUGAUCUCAACUCAGCUCUCAGUGAUUGUGAAGCAGCUCUCCGCUUGGAACCGAACCAUAUAGGCACGCUUGAUCUGUAUAAUAGAGCCAGGGGCCGAGCCAACCAUCGUCAAGAAAUGUGAGAAGCACUGUUGUUACUUUUGAUAAACUUGGGGGAACAAGGAAAAGAAUCAUGGAGUCUUUCACAUAGCUUUAUUUCCUUCCGGGCAUGAUGGGUUUGCGAGCAUCUAGCCGCUGAAUGACUACGAAAAAGAAAGACCAAGAGAGUUGCCUGUAAAUGUGAGCAUUAUGGAACUAAUAAUAAUGGUGUAAUAGAGCGAGCAGCGUAUCCACCACCUUCGUGGAAAUUAGUUUUAUGCAACAUAAUCAAGUCUACACGAAAGUGGCAUAAGAUUUAGCCAUGUAGGUUAAAUUGUUUACUUACACUGUUGUCUCUAUCAUGGCUUACGAAACGGUAUACAGUUCUCAAAAUAUCUUUAUCACUUGAGAAGGACUUCUUGUCAUCUCUCUUAGGUCAUCUUGUACAUGAAUAAUGUUAAAAUAGGUUUUAAAUCUCUUCUUUUAACAGAAAUUCUUCGUUCUUAAUUUUCUUUUACCAACGUGACUACCUCCUUUUUUUACCAACGUGACUACCUCCUUUUUUAGUAUAUUUCUU